UCGCAAAGCAGGGUAGCUGUUGAAUAAAAUUGCGUUAGGAUCUAGGAAAUUUUCUGGUGAGCGAAGUCUAUUUAUUCUCCAUCACUUUCUCCUACGCGUUUCAUCUUUCGAAGUGAUUUAUAACGAUUCCUCAGCACGAGACCCCCGAAUCCCAAGACCAAAAACACCCCAUGCAAACCAAGAUGACGUCGCUCUCUUCCCCUCGCGCUUCGAGCCUCCGCUUGAUCUUGUGCUGCUUCUUCCUGUUCUUGGCCGCUCAGCCGCCACCGCCGAGGGCCUUCGCCGCCGCUGCGCGGUGGCAGCUGCUGCAGAGCAACAUCGGCAUCGUGGCCAUGCACAUGCAGCUCCUCCACAACGACCGGGUGGUCAUCUUCGACCGCACCGACUUCGGCAAGUCCAACCUCUCCCUCCCCGACGGCCACUGCCGCCACGACCCCACGGAGACCGCCGUCGUCGACGACUGCACCGCGCACUCCGUCGAGUACGACGUCGCCUCCAACGCCUUCCGCCCCCUCAUGGUCCAGACCGACGUCUGGUGCUCCUCCGGCGCCGCCACGGUCGACGGCAGCCUCGUCCAGACCGGUGGCUACCGCGACGGCGAGCGGCAGGUCCGGAUCUUCGUCCCGUGCUCGGACGGCAGUUGCGACUGGCGGGAGAUCGCGAACGGUCUGGGAGCGCGCCGCUGGUACGCGACCAACCAGAUCCUCCCCGACGGCCGCCAGAUCGUCAUCGGCGGCCGGCGGCAGUUCAACUACGAGUUCUACCCGAAGAGCGGCAGAGCUCCGAACGUCUAUAGCCUGCCGUUUCUGGUCGAGACCAACGACCGGGGCAUCGAGAACAAUCUCUACCCGUUCGUCCACCUCAACGUCGACGGCAACCUAUUCAUCUUCGCGAACAACCGCGCGAUAUUGUUUGAUUACGUGAACAACAAGGUGGUCAGGACGUACCCGACAAUGCCCGGCGGCGACCCGAGAUGUUACCCGAGCACGGGUUCCUCUGUGUUGCUUCCGCUGAAGACUACCGCGCAGUCCGCGAAAAAUGUCGUAGCUGAAGUGUUGGUCUGUGGCGGAGCUCCGAAGGGAGCUUUCACGCAGGCGAUGGGUGGGAAAUUUCUGGGAGCGCUGAACACCUGCGGGCGGAUCCGAAUAACCGACCCGAACCCGCAAUGGGCCAUGGAGACGAUGCCCCAGGCUCGGACCAUGGGCGACAUGGUAAUGCUGCCGAACGGUGACGUCCUGAUCAUCAACGGCGUGGCGGCGGGGACUGCCGGGUGGGAGUACGGCCGCAACCCCGUCCUCAAACCGGUCAUCUACCGGCCCGACGCACCAGCAGGUGGGCGCUUCGCGCUCCAGGACCCAUCUGGGAUCCCACGGGCGUACCACUCCACGGCGGUGCUGCUGCGCGAUGGGCGGGUGCUCGUCGGUGGGAGCAACCCCCACAAUUACUACAACUUCACCGGAGUGAUCUUCCCAACCGAGCUCCGGCUCGAGGCCUUCCGGCCGCCGUACCUGGACCCGGAGCGUUCAGGCUCGCGCCCGCAGAUAAUCUUUCCGAGCUCUCAAGCCAAGAUCAGGUACUCACAGAGCUUCGUGGUCCGGUUCACGGUGGCGGGGAACGUCUCCACGGACGCGGUGUCGGUGACAAUGGUGGCGCCGCCGUUCACCACGCACUCCUUCUCGAUGAACCAGCGGUUGCUGGUGAUCGGCGGCGGUAAGGUCGCCAAUGUCGGGAGUUCGGCUUUCACGGCGGACGCGGUGGCCCCGGGUUCCCGCAAUUUGGCUCCGGCGGGCUAUUACAUGCUGUUCGUGGUUCAUCAGGGGGUUCCGAGCGAGGGCAUUUGGGUCCAGAUACAGUAAUUACUCGUGUGGGGGAUUGAAUUUUCCUUGAUUUUAACACAUGGUGCGUAAAUAAUUCUAUUUUUUUCGAUAUAAUUUUUUCUUUCUCCCAAAGGAAAAUGGAUGGCGUCAUAAAGUGAGUGGCAUUCUAAGGUUUCCCAUGGAAGCUUAUGGACAGAUUGCUUCAGCAAUUUUUUCUCUUUAUUUUUUCGUGCGGUCAUACUUAUAUAAUUUUUCAUACGGUCAUAUCAUAUUAAUGUAUUUAAAGGAUACUACAGUAAAGUCCUUAUUAUAUUAAUAAAGAUCUUGUCAUUGGUGUUGUCUUUUCGA